GCUUUCCUGCUCUUUACGCGCGGGCGCACCCAAGCCACCCGCAGAGCACGGGGAGGUGUUGCCCGCUCUCCGGGCAGGCGGGCGCCAGUGGAUUCUGACGGCCCGUGGGAAAAUGCGGUGGUUGGCGGCCGGGCUGCUCGUGGCCGCGCUGUUUGCGGGGGUAAUAGACUGGUAUAGCCCUUCGGGGCCACAGCAGGGGAGCGUGGAAGCCCGCUCUUUCGCCGCCGAGCCGGUGCCCGGAGCUAAAGCCGACAAGCUCUUUUGGAUAGUUCAGGUAUCGGAUAUUCACAUCAGUAAAUUUCUGGACCCUAAACGAGUUUCUGAUUUUGAAAGGUUCUGUGUGGAAACAAUUCCUGUAAUUCAGCCUGCACUUGUUUUAGUAACAGGUGAUGUGACUGAUGGAAAAACAAAGGAUCAACUUGGGUCUGAUCAGAUUGAGGUGGAAUGGCAGACUUAUCAGACAAUCCUAAAAAGGUCUAAGGUCAUGGAGAAAACCAAAUGGAUAGACAUAAAAGGGAAUCAUGAUACAUUCAAUGUUCCAAACCUGGAGAGUGUCAACAAUUACUACAGAAAAUACUCUGCCUGGAAGAAAGAUGGUUCCUUCCAUUAUAUGCACCGUACACCUUUUGGCAAAUAUUCUUUCAUCUGUGUGGAUGCAACUCUCAGUCCAGGCCUCAAGAAACCCUACAAUUUCUUUGGGAUCUUAAAUGCGAAUAAAAUGGAAGAGCUGUCUUCACUGGCUGCAGGAAGUCGUGACAGCAACCACUCCAUUUGGUUUGGACACUAUCCCACCUCCUCAAUCAUCUCUAGUUCUCCAGGAAUUCGAAUGGCAAUGCGCUCUGCCACUGCUUAUUUGUGUGGGCACUUCCAUACAUUGGGUGGUCUGAUGCCAGCCCUACAUACUCGUCAUCAGCAUGGCACUUUGGAACUGGAACUGGGUGACUGGAAGUAUAACAGGAAGUACCGGAUUCUGGCUUUCGAUCAUGACCUUUUCAGCUUUGCUGACCUGCGGUUUGAGGAAUGGCCUGUAGUUCUUAUCACCAAUCCCAAGUCAUUCCUUUAUAGCAGCUCUGCUCAUGAACCAUUACAAAGAAUCCUCCAUUCUACCCAUAUCAGAAUUUUGGCCUUCUCUCCUUCUCCUAUCAAGUUUGUCAAAGUCAAUAUUGAUGGUGUUCAUUUCGGGAAUGCUUCUAAGGCAUCUGGACCACUCUACGUACUGAAAUGGGUCCCCCAAGACUAUAGUCAAGGGUUUCAUGAGAUAAGUGUAACAGUUCAGGAUGCCAGUGGUAAGAGUACUACUCAGUUUCAUAAAUUUGCUAUGGACGAAAACCUCUCUCUCAAAUUUGGAUUUCUGGAAUCUUGGCUUCUUCUUACUGAUCACCAUAUAUGGGUUCAAGUAGUGUUUGCACUAAUGGUUAUAGCUCAAAUUGUCUUGCUGAUAAUUUUCCGGUAUCGAGGAAAGCCUACACUUAAAAGACCUCUGAGCAUGGCAGCACAUACCACUCUUUCUCUUCACAUCCUGAGCAAGACAAACUUCUUCUAUUACUGGUUUAUUCUGUUGAGUGUGUAUACUGCUCUAGGACCCUGGUUUAUUGGUGCAAUGAUAGAUGGUCAUUUAGGCGCCUGUUUUUCCUUUGGGGUAGUUCUUGAUGGCCACUUCUUUGAAGGAAGUAUAACCUUUCUAGUUGGAAUUAUGCAGGUGGUGUUUUUUAAUCUACCAUUGAUGGCAUAUACAUGUUGGUGUUUGUCCUUGCGUUGCCAAGGGCAUUGCUUUGGCUCCCAUUUGUACAAUAUCAAAUGGUACCGGACCGUGCCUAUCCACCUACUCAUGGCACUCCUAUUUUUCUGGCAGGUACAUUCCUGCUAUUUCCUGCUACAGGCAUAUGGAAUUAUUGCUUUUUUCCUCUCUCCGCUGAGAACUUGGAUUGUGCUGUUAACCCUCUUUCUGAGCCACAGGACUUGGACGCUCCAGUCCUCUAUAUUCAGAAUCUUUAUUGAGGAAAUGAAAAACUACAAAAGUUCUGAAUAGUUCCUUUUCAAGAAAUGGACGUAACUUUCACCUGGAGGUGAAGCUGUGAAUUACUGGCUUACAGGACUGAUGCCUAUGCAGCCUGAACAAUUGAAUGUGAAAGUUUAGAGUUGUCCUGAAAUCACUUCUGUGCUGCUGUAUAAUCAGACUGCUACAGCUCAAUAUUCUAAGCCUUAGAGUCCAAGAGGAUCUACAGCACUUUUCUCAAAACCUACUUCCUUAUUCACCUUUGUUAAUAAAAAUUUGUUUUGAAUGACUGUUGCUGUUAAACAAAGCUCAUAAGGAAAAUAUGGGAAUCAAUGGGAAUUAUUUCUCCUUCUUAGCGUUUACACAGGGUAUGCUACACUUGAAUAAGGAUGCAGCUGCUAUUUGGUCAGUAAUAAGUCACAGCACUGGGCCAGAAAGACAAAAAUCCUUCUUUUCCCUGGUGCUUUUCCAGCCCUCUUUAGAACAGCACACACUUUCCCUUACCCAUACCCAGUUUAAAGUAUGCUAUAUUAGAAUGAUGAGAUCUUUAAAAUAUGAAUGUGGAUGCUGCCAAUACAGAAUAAAAAUAACAAUACAACAUAAAAUGAUAAUAACAAUACUACCAGCAAUAGCAAGCAGUGGUUUUAAUAAUUAGAAUUAGCCAUAGCUUCAAAGGCCAUAUGGUAUAUAAAGUAGUUAGGUGGUGCCAAAGGUUAGGUGCCUGGUGAUCUUGGGAAGGAUUCCUUAAAUGGUAUACCAUGGCUAAAAAGCAUCCUUUCUAGUUCCCAUCCAUGUCUUUUCAGAUAGCAAGGGAAGCCAUAACAGAGGCUUACUUUCUCACCUCCGCUAAUUGACGGCUUGAUUUGGAAAUAGGAUCAGCACCAAGACCUUGAAUUGUUCUUGAAAAUGUAUUGGCAACCAGUUUAGCACUAGAAUAAUAUUGCAUAUGAUGGCAUCUGUAUUGUUGACUAUUUUCUGGGCAGUCUUCAAGAGUGGCCCAUGUAUGUUAUAUUACUGUAUAUUACAGUAAUCCUGGAGUUUAUCAGAACAUUGAUAAUCAUGACAGUGCCAUUUCUGUCCAGGAGAUGCAACAACUAGCACACUAGUCACAGGUGGUGAAAUGGUGCUCUGUAGUCCUUGGUCUUCCAGUGACAAAUCUGGAACUAGGAUCAACUCUGAACUUGACCCAGAAGGAAGACUGCACCAUUUAGAAUUGAUUGAACACCAGUGCCAAAAGCAAAUGAAAUUACCUAUCCAAAUCAUUUCUGUACUCUCAGGAUUAAGUUUCAGUUGAUUGGUCCUCAUCUAGCUCCUCACUGAUUCUGCAUACCCGUUCUGCUCUUCUACUUUCUCAUCAGACCCAGAUGAAAACUGAACUGGGUGCCAUCUGCAUACCAAUGACACCUUACUUCAAAACCUUUCUAGCAGCUAUUUAUGUUAAAAAGCCUUUGGGCUACUAUUAGAAAACCAAGUCUUACUAGGUUCACAAAAUUAUUUAUAGUUUUUUGCACUGCUGCUUUGUGUGUUGUUGUUUUUUUGGACUGCUGUUUUAUGUAAUCAGUAAAAGAAUGCUUCACAAUCCAUCUUAUUCAAAAAUAAAAGUGAAAAAUGAUUUUAA